CAUCUGUGGUCUCCAAGAGCUGGGAGCUGCAUCUUGCCACAGGCUGUUGAGUGAUUUGGGCAGACUGGUCUCAAAGGUUCUGAGAAAAUCAGGAAUUUACUCUAGCUUACAAAAGCAGAGAUGUGUCUGAGCAGGGGCUUCAGCUGGGAGGCUCAUGAGCCUUUGCUGCCUUGAGGUGAUGGCUGCUUUGCUUCAAGUCCUGGGGUGGUUGGAAGGGGCCAAGGAGACACUCCUGCCCCCUUACAAUUCCCUCCUGCUCUUAUUCUGGGGAAGCAUCAGGGCUCACAGAGCUGCCAUGCCAGGCAAGCCCAGGCCCACAUCAAACAAUGGCCAGUCUGUCAGGGGCAAACCCCACUGCCCUGCAGCCACGAGAUGCCGCCCAGCCAGGCUCCCCUGGCAGCAGGGCUGCACUGGCCCCUCACCAGGCCGGCAACUUCCUGGCUCCGGGCUUCCUGCUUUUCUUUAGAGGAGUGGUGCUGCAGCCACAGGAAGGUCACAGCGCCGAACAGCCGGAGGCCUCUGGAGGGGACAAGCACUCUGUGGAACAGCCAGCCAUCUCUGUGCCUGUGGGACCACCAUGGCUGAGGUGGGGGGGCUGGCGUUCACAGAGCCAAGGAGGUGCUUCAGUGAUGGGCCCACUGUCAUGUGCCACAGCCCCUCACAUCACAUAGGUGGCAAUUUGCAGCCCUUUUCUGGCUUUCCUUUCCCUAUCCCCGUGGCAGUGUGCCAGGCUUUGAGAAGUGGGGCGGGCAGCUGCCAAUGCCAAGCAGUGCUGGGCGAAGACUCCAAGCAGGGAGAGCCUUUUCCUUGCCCUGUAUUUACCCAGUUUUGGUUUGGUGGCCGGAGCACCUGGUGGUUGGUAAGGGUCUGGCUUGUGGUGUGUCAGGGUUUGGGUUCUGCCUGAACUCCUUGCCACAUCUCAUAGGUGGUGGAGGGGGGAGAGCUCUUGUCCCUCAGUGGGGCCAAGGCUGUGGAGGGCAGCACAGUCAGGCUGGCCUAAGUUCCUGCUGCAUGUGUGUCAAGGAUAGGGGAGCAGGGGAGACCUGCCUCUGAGCCCCCUGAUCCACAGGUGGGAGCUUUGCCCAGCUCCUUGAUGUUGAAGGGGCCAAUUUUGCUCCCAGCAUGUUCUUGCCGCCUGCUUCCGGUAGCUCCGCCUGCGACCUUGAUUUUUCCGCUCCAGAUAAGCACUGCAUCCCCACCCCUUGCCGGGAGCCCCUCCUGCACUGUGCCCCGCGCAGCCUGCACCACGGGCAGAGCCUGCCCUCCGCCUGUGAGUCAGCACAGCUCUUCCUAUCAGCUGCAGCCCCUUAGUCUCUUCUCCCGGGAGGAGCAGCUGGGAUGCAGGAAGCAGCAGCAAUUUGCUGCAGCCUCUUCCACAGGCUCCCCACCACGGCUGGGGGUUUGUGCUGGGCCCUGCCUCGCCCAGUGCACAGCCUACCUGUAUCCUGCUCCUGGCCAUCCUCCUCUUUCUUCCACCAGCCCUCCAGGCAAGAUCUGUGCUCUUAAAGGACUGAAUGUCCCUGUAUUCCAGGAAGCUGUGAGCGCCGGUGUCAUCUCAGCAUCGCUGCUCCCCCCAGCAAGGCCUAGCAAGCCAACAGCAGCUGCUGAACACCAGCACGUGGAUUGCGUGGCUCUGGCUGCCACAGAAGGAACUUGUUCCCUCCUGGACAGUGCUUGGAACAGGGCUGGGAUGGGCUUGGAUGCGCUUUGUGUCUGCCUCGUCUCCGGGCUUUAAAUAUUAAUGCUUUUGAUUUUCUCUUAGCGAGCAGCAGCACAGGGGCUGCAGUGAGCUGUGGGGUGGAGGGUGACCCUGCUGAACUCACCAGGGCAGCAGCAGGGCAGAGGGAGCUGGAUCUGGUCCUGGAUGAAGACAGUGGGAUUUGUUGCUGGCCUAGUGUUGAAGUGGCAAGGGGCUUGAAGACCUUCGGGCUGGGUACAGAGCAUUCUGAGCUGCCCUUCCUGUGCCAGUGGCUCCCCCGGGUGUCGCUGCGGCCCCAUUUCCUCCCUGCUGUGGUGUGUUGCUCUCAGUCUGAACGGAUCUGCACAACCCUGCUGACGCCGAUCACGAUUGAUCGGCUGUGCCUGCACAGUGCUGGGCAGCCCCUGGACUGUUCCAGGCUCAGCUUUCCCUGCCAGGCAUGCUGAACUGGCGUGGACCUAACACAGAGCUCAGCGGAGGCUUCUGCUUGGAGGCAGCUUCCCGGUGGCUGCAGGCACUCAGACUCUCUGUGGGGCCCCUGUGAGGCCCAGCUGUCUUCAUCCACCCUACUGCCACUCUGCAUAGGGCGGCUGUGGCCCUUCUCACCUGUCUCCAGGAUGGAUCUCCUGCAAAAGAGCAAAUACAGCCACCUGCGGAACGAGUCUGUCUCCUCUCUGGAGGAGUUCAUGGCGGGCCCGGGAGUCCCGCCCUCCCCAGUGGAGUCCCUUGCAAGCAUGCAGUCUCUGCCUAGUUCCCUGUCCUCCUCCUCCCUCAGCCACGCUGCACCUCUCGAUAAGCUCUCACCUGAGUUGGAGGAGAGCCCUACAACCCUCUGCUCCUUCUUCCCCAAAAUGGCCAACCUGAAGCUCUCCAAUCCUGCCAACUUGCUCAGCUUGCAGGGCUCUUCAGCUGGCAACUGCCAUGGGGAGCCUGGUCCCCCUGGAAUGCCAGCCCUGGUGCCAGGGCAUGCUGCCAGCUCCAGCUCAGUGAGACGUAUCACUGUCUGUUCCCAGGAUAUGAACAAGCUGAGCUGCGGGAAGAAGACGCGGGUGGAAGGUGGCCAGCUGGGGGGUGAUGAAUGGACCCGCCACGGCAGCUUUGUCAAUAAGCCCACCCGCGGCUGGCUGCAUCCCGAUGACAAGGUCAUGGGCUCCGGGGUCUCCUACCACGUCCGGUACAUGGGCUGUGUGGAAGUGCUCCAGUCCAUGAGGGCUCUGGAUUUCAACACCAGGACACAGGUGACCAGGGAGGCCAUUGGGCUGGUAUGUGAGGCUGUGCCUGGUGCCAAGGGAGCCGUGAGGAGAAGGAAGCCCUGCAGCCGCUCCCUGAGCUCCAUCCUGGGCAAGAGCAACCUGAAAUUUGCAGGCAUGCCCAUCACCCUGACCAUCUCUACCAGCAGCCUCAACCUCAUGGCCUCAGACUGCAAGCAGAUCAUCGCCAACCACCACAUGCAGUCUAUAUCCUUUGCAUCAGGGGGAGACCCGGACACAGCUGAAUAUGUUGCCUAUGUUGCCAAAGACCCCGUCAAUCAGAGAGCCUGCCAUAUCCUGGAGUGUCCUGAAGGCUUGGCACAGGAUGUGAUCAGCACAAUUGGGCAGGCCUUUGAGCUGCGCUUCAAGCAGUACCUGAAGAACCCUCCAAAGCUGGUGACCCCCCACGACAGAAUGGCAGGGUUUGAUGGCUCUGCCUGGGAUGAAGAAGAGGAGGAACCAGCCCCGGAUCACCAGUACUACAACGACUUCCCUGGCAAGGAACCUCCCAUUGGGGGGGUUGUGGACAUGCGCCUGCAGGAUGGGGCUGCUCAGACCCCAAAUCACUUGGGUGCCACACUGCCUGUCGGCCAGUCGUCCAGUGGGGAGUGUGACCCCCAGAAGCAGCAUGCUCCUGCUCAAGGGAGAGAGAAAUACCCAGCUCCGGCAGGCACAUCUGGCCGCGUGGACCUGUUUGACGACCCAUCUUACGUCAACGUGCAGAACAUAGACAAGACACGCCAAGCUUCAGCCGCUGGCACCCCAGCCACAGCCAACGGCAGUACACAGAGGGACCUUUUUGACAUGAAGCCCUUUGAAGAUGCCCUGCGUGUGCCCCCAUCUGUGCCUGUGGCGCUGCCCCCUGCCCAGGUGGUGGCCUCCAUGGAGGAGCAGCUGAGACGGGAGCCCUGGUACCACGGGAAAAUGAACCGCAAGGAGGCUGAGAAGCUGCUGAAGGUGAAUGGAGACUUCCUGGUGCGGGAGAGCACCACCACCCCGGGCCAGUACGUGCUGACUGGCUUGCAGGGUGGGCAGCCCAAGCAUUUGCUGCUCGUCGAUCCCGAGGGUGUGGUGCGGACAAAAGAUCAUCGCUUUGAGAGCGUCAGCCACCUCAUCAGCUACCACAUGGACAAUCACCUGCCCAUCAUCUCAGCUGGCAGUGAGAUGUGCCUGCAGCAGCCAGUGGAGAGGAGACUGUGAACGCCUGGGGGCCCCAGUGCACAGCACCCCCAAUGCGCAGCUCUCUGGCCAUGUUCCUUGCCCCAGGGAGCCCUCAGACUCUUCUAGGUGUUCCACUUGGGACUGAGCAUGGACUUGGUUGACAGGGCCUCUCUCCCUUCACCACAUGGAGCUGGUGGCCAUGGAGGGGCUCAGGCUGUGAGUGCCUGCAGGGUAGGGAACUGUUCUUGCAAAGCCCCUGCCCCUCCAGCUCCAGCCUUUGCAGAGCAGCUCAGCUCCUACCAAAACCCAGCCCUGCUGUUGUGCCACAGCCAUUCUUGUGCUCACCAGCACAGGCUCAGGACUGGCAGGGCUGAGCCCCCCUGAGCCAGAGGCAGCCUGUCCUUAUCUCUGGCCCCUGGGCCAGGAAGGGGGCCCACGGGGGGAUCCACUCUUGCAAGCCCUCGACUGUACCGGAUCACUUUAUGUGUUAAAUCUGUGCCUUGACCCCGCAGGUCCCACACUCUUAUGCAAGGGCAGGGGCUGGUUACAGAGCCUCCCCCGUGCUCCCAGCGCCCUGUACCCCAUCUGUGACAUGCUUGUGCUCCAGGACAUGCGCCACCACAUCCCCUUCCUCCUUGCUCAUCCUGGCUGGGCACGGGCAGCUCUGGCAGCCCCGGGGGGUUGGUGGGAGGACCCCCCUGCAUGCACAGUGUAACUCCCCCCAAGCCAAAGUGCAGCCUCGCAGCCCUAUGCCCCUGGCCCCGCUAUACCAAAGGAAAUGGCGGUUGUAUUAAAGUUGGUGUUUCUCUAG